UUUAAAAGCAAAUAUGAUGUGUUUUCAGAUAUUGAUGAGUGUGCUAGGGAAAAGCACGACUGUAGCACUGAUGCUGUAUGCAACAAUACUAAGGGAUCGUACAACUGUACAUGUAGAGCUGGAUACUCAGGAGAUGGAAAAAUUUGCAAAGGUGGAAAUUAAUUCAUGACUCUUGAUUUAAAAAAUGUCGUCACAGUUUGACAGCUAUUAUGUGCUUUAUUUUGUUUUGAUUGUUAUUUUCAGAGAAUUCGAUUUGCAAAGAAGCUCACAACAAAAAACUGUAAGUUCAAGAUAAGAAAUACAUUUUCCCUAUAUUUCAAACGACGGAUCCCUCAGUUCAAAUAAUAUAUUUGCCUUAACAUUAUUCAACAGAUUUAACGAGAGUGGCAUGGUUACAUUUCAUAUUGGUUCGAUACCAACUUCCGUUUUCUGUCACGUGGGAGAUUUUGGAUGUGGAGAUGGAGCUUGGACCUCUGUUUUGAAGAUUGAUGGCAACAAGGUUUAUAUUUAUCUGUUUAUUAAAAUAAUUGGUCGACUUCCAUCAUUGCCUAUAGUAACAAAAAUGUAUUUCUUAAGUAUCUACGCUAAUGUUUUCCUACACUUAGAUAAUAGUUUCGAGUUCACAAAUCAAUGAUCAUUGCGUUCGUUACGGCUCACACUAUCUUUUAAGCUAUUUGACUAGUCGGAAUGGGACUAAUUUACUUGCUUUUAUUGCCUAUUUAACAAUAAUUGUCCUCUACUUCUCCCGAUCAGCGAACUUUUCAUUAUGAUUCCAAUUAUUGGAGCAACAAGGUAGAGUAUAAUCUUCCUGGAGGAGAGACUGGGUUUGACUCGGUGGAAACCAAGUUACCGACCUACUGGAACACAUCAUUCACCAAGAUCUGUCUUGGUAUGAAGAUUGACGAAGUCCUCAGGUUCAUUGUCAUCAACAAGCCAGCCGAUUCCUUGUACUCACUGAUCGCUGAUGGGCAAUACCGCAACACCUCCUUGGGUCCUGAAAAGUGGAAGUCAUUGAUUGGUUCACAGGGUUACUUACAGCGUUACUGUAACAAAGAAGGGUUUAAUCUGGAACCGGAGGGGGCUUUUUGGAAAAAUAGAGCAUGCAAAGCAAGAAUUGGUAUUUUCGCCAAUAACAAUAAUGGAUGCGGGGAUGUUGAUUCCAGAAUCGGGUUUGGAACAGGAGGGCCAAAGGAUGACAACAACACCUGUGGAAACGAUGGUCGCCCCACACACAUCAAAGCCAUGGGGUACAUCUUGGUACAGUGA